AGGGGAGGGGGGUAGAGUUCCUCAACAGAGUGCCCUGUAGCUUCGUGCAUGCCAGUGGAAUGCACGCUACGUGCAAGCUACAAUGCAUCUAAGAGUGUUAAACACUCAGUUUAAAUAAAAUACACGACUAAAAAUAUAGCAUAAAUUUGGUCCUUCUUAAACCUUUAGUUCAGGUUGAGGCUGUUUUGCAUGUUCAGUUUUUAUGGGAUAUUUUGCCAGAAGUGACAAUAGAAUGGUGGAAGAAACUUCGAAUGUCUUUUAAGGUGUGACGAAGACUACUGAAAACUAAUCACACUUGAACACUGAACUGCAACAUUCUGCCACCAUGGUGAUCAUCUCCGAAGGCAGGCCAGGGUCUCAUACCAGCACAUCUACUUGCAGGCCUCUCCAGGUUGGCUUUUAUGAAAUCAUUCGCACACUGGGGAAAGGAAACUUUGCUGUGGUCAAACUGGCCAAGCACAAAGUCACAAAAACACUGGUGGCCAUCAAAAUCAUUGACAAAAAGAGACUCGAUCCGUCAAACCUCGAGAAGAUCUACAGAGAAGUGCAGAUAAUGAAGCUCCUCAGUCACCCCCACAUCAUCAAGCUGUAUCAGGUCAUGGAGACAAAAGACAUGUUGUACAUCGUUACAGAAUAUGCCGAAAAUGGAGAGAUGUUUGACUAUCUGACCUCCAGUGGACGUAUGAGUGAAGGAGAGGCAAGGAAGAAAUUCUGGCAGAUACUGGAGGCAGUCGAUUACUGUCACAGGUCACAUAUUGUGCACAGGGACCUCAAGACUGAAAACCUCCUGCUGGAUGCUAAUAUGAACAUUAAACUGGCAGACUUUGGCUUUGGGAAUUUCUACAGUUCUGGAGAACCAUUGUCCACUUGGUGUGGGAGCCCACCCUAUGCUGCCCCUGAAGUCUUUGAGGGAAAGGAAUAUGAAGGGCCACAGCUGGACAUCUGGAGUCUCGGUGUUGUGCUCUAUGUACUUGUGUGUGGGUCCCUUCCUUUUGAUGGUGCAAGCCUUCCUGCACUGAGACAGAGAGUGAUGGAGGGCCGAUUCCGAAUUCCAUUCUUCAUGUCUGAAGACUGUGAAAACCUGAUCCGGAAAAUGCUAGUGUUAGACCCGGCAAAGCGAAUCACCAUUUCCCAGAUUAAACAACACCGCUGGAUGCUCACUGACCCAACAGCACCCCAUCAGGUCCUUACCUAUAACUCCAGGCUGGGUGACUAUAGCGAGCACGUACUGAAGAUCAUGCAGACACUGGGAAUCGACAGACAGAGAACCAUUGAGUCCUUGCAGAACAGCAGCUACAACCACUUCUCUGCCAUCUACUAUUUACUUCAAGAGAGGGUGAAAGAUCACUGUAGUCUCCAGCUGGGCCGGCAGUGUGGGAAUUGGAACCAGAGGUCUCGCAGCACCUCUGAUUCGUCCGUCCCAGAGGUAAUGCAGGAAUCCUUCAGGACAGCCUUUCCCUUCCCAGCCAAAGAGAACAUUCCUGUCCAGUCUGAGGUAGAAUAUGACUCCAACAGCUUGUUCCAGCCUGUGGUCUUCCCAGGGGAGACCAGCCUGAGCGGGUUGCUACGCACCCGAUCCAUCUCCCCCAACAGCCUGCUGGAGACCACCAUCAGCGAGGAGGCCUGUUCCAGAGACCUGGAGGAGGAGGAAGGGCAUCAGCAGGCCUCUCCUGUCCACCUUCCCAGCACCACGUCCCGCAGACACACCCUGGCUGAGGUCUCAGCUCGCUUUCACCAGUGCUCACCUCCCUGUAUCGUAGUAUCUUCCGUCAGUCCCACGGAUGGUGCCUCCUCAGAUAGCUGCCUGAUGUCCUCCUCCACGUCCAGCAGCAGCGCCACCCUGUCUGCUCUCCUAUCUUCUGCUGGAGGUCUUGGGUCCCCUGUAGCCAUGGGGACCACUUUUACACAUUCCUCUGCCAUGCUGCCUCAGACCCAGGGCGGCAUGCCUGGGGCCAGCUUUCAGGAGGGCCGACGUGCCUCAGAUACCUCACUCACACAAGGCAUCAGGGCUUUCCGGCAGCAGUUCAGGAAGACCAGCCGAACCAAAGGCCUUCUGGGGCUCAACAAGAUCAAGGGUUUGAGCAGACACUCUUGUGCUCCCAGCUCCACGGGUCCUCGGGAGCACCGCAGUCUGCUUGAGGAGGUGCUGCUCCAACAGCGAAUGCUCCAAAUGCAGCACCAACAGAUGCAACCUUUGACAUUACAGCAACAAACAUCUGCUCCAUCCCCCGGCCUCUUCUGUUCGAACUCGCUGUUUGCUGACCCCCCUGCCGUAGCUCCCCUUAUGACUGAGCACCAGCAUUUGCUACCCCAGUGUCAAACCCCCCUCAACAUGCAGAAGACCUUCUGGCAGCAACCUGUUGAGUCUUCCUGUUCUCUCUCGACCUCUUUAUCCCCGGUGGCUUCAGCGGCCCAUCUAUUGGAGGCACAUUUGCACAUUAGUCAGCGGCCCCAGCCCAACGUCUGGCCUCCACUACCAGCACACCUCUCCAUUUUGCCCCAGCAAGGCAGCUGGAAUCUGGGCCUAGCCCAGAGCAGAAACUCUGAGCUGCAGCAGUUUGUGAACCCAGGACAGCAGCAGAUCAGUAGCUGUUUGAUGGUCAAUUAGACUGACACUUUUUUGGAAGACAGACCUAGGAAAACAUGUUACAUAAACUGAAAUGGAUGAAGAUGUAACUGAAGAGCAUCCACCUGGAAGGAGUCUGCAGGGACCAUUGCAGGUGUGGUUAAACAGACAAUUUACAGCAAUAUGAUUGCUUUAAAAAUAUAGGUUCAUAGUUGCAGUGUAAGGUGAAUGGAGAGUAUAUAAAGAUAAAUGCAACUCAUGCACACAUGAAGCACAUGAAUCUCUAUAUUUACGUUUCUCUGCAUUAUCUUAAAUGAGCAAUAAUCGAACUUCUGUAAAAGUCCAUAAUUGAAUUCACUGAAAAGCAAUACUAGACUGGGCUGUUGGUCUAAAGAGACUCUAAUGCAAGGGUAUGUGGCAAUCUUUGGUCAGGAAUCAAGUUAAUGUAUGUAAAUGAUAUUUCGUAGAUAAUCAGCAGGUCUGGAGGGAUACAGGAAUGUUUUGUCCUUCUUAAGACUGAUGUCAGACCUGGGUUUAUGUAGCUCACGUUUGUUACAAAUGACCAAAGCUUGCUUUUGAAUUAGCAUUUAGUACCACAGAAAUGUUGGAAACAUGCCAUAUGGAGCAUUUGUUGAACCUGCCAGAUAGGAUUUUAGCGUUUUCCUUAGGAAGAAGAAGAAACAGCUCAAAGGGUAUGAGAAGUUUGACAUAUAACCUAGAACAAUAAGUUUAGAGGAAAGGUAUAAUUGGUAGGACACAGAAAUCAUAACUGCUUUAUGAAUGGCAAAGUCACCAUUUACAGAGUGCUUUCUUUAAGGUCAUCUACGUACUGAGCGUAGCAGUCAGUCUUCGUAAAGUAGGUUGAGGAAAUGUCAGUUUGUCCGUAAGCCUGAGAAAAGAAAUCAGAAUUAUUCUGCAUUUUACAAUACCUAGCAUUUUCACUACCUCCAGCUUUAGAAGUUUAGUCUUGAAUGAAACAUAUUGAUUAAAUCUUGUUCAGUAUCCAAAACUUUGAAUUUAUUUUCUUUUAGUAUCAGCUCCUAUAGAAUGUUUUUAGUUCACUUACCCCUGGUUUCAACAAUUACUGGUUUGUAGAAUACCUUUUAGCAUAUGACUACAAUUUAGAAUAUGUGCAAUACUUAAAAAUCAAAUACAAUUAUCAAGAGGAAAGAAUUGUAUGAGAGCAGCAUGGUAGCACAGGGCUAACUGGGCAUGGGUAAUUGUAUGAUAUAUUUCCUUUUUUGUUUCUUUUUUUUUUUAAAAAAAUGUUUCUGUCCUGCAACUGAAGAACCAUUUUAGUUUAGUUUUUUAAAAGUAUUAUGUGAAAAAAAAUGUGAAAAUAAAUAUGAGAAUAAUAUUAGGACAAACUUUUUUGUAUGCUGAAAGGUUUGUAGGGUACAGGCCAUUGCGCUGCCUUUCCGCUGUAACUGGCUUUGUAGAAAAAUUACAGUAUUAGCAAGCCAAAGACGAGUCCUGUCUAUGUGUAAAAACGCUGCUUGCCGUCGUACAAUCUGUAGGGCACUACUUGAACACAACAUUGGAUUUGGUUUGUAAAAAAUGCUUACAUUUGCUUCAUGUUCAUAGUGACAGCCUGGAUCAAGGUGACGGAUAUUGAUUGGCAAAAGGCAAUGGCUAUUUAAUCCUUUUACCCUUUGUAUCUUUUUAUGGAAAUCAUUGAGUACUUGUAGCAAUAGACUUCACGAAGAAUUAUUGUUGCUCAUAUUGAUCGGUCAUAAAAUUGGUUUUAAAAGUCUUGCAACCUCUCGUCUUCCGUAAUAAUUGGCUAAUUGUAAUAAAAUAUGUUAGCAGUGUUACCAUCACCGUGAAAGGUUGUGCCUUUGAACAAACGUAGCCCUGCAUCUUCAAACAAAUCAAAACAAAGGAAAACAUAAUUCUACAUCCCUGGAAUAAAGUUUAGACUUCUGAAAAAACAAACCAAUUUUUUUGUGAAGGCAUGGGCUACCGGAUCAAUAGUCAUAUUUCAAGGAUGCACUUUAUUUUCAAUAUUUUCAUCCGUAAGUUGUCUUGGUGUUGGUGAAGAUGCUUGAUGUUGGCACUUCAAUCCAACUGUAUGAUUGAGGAAUAUUUGACACACUAAAAUUAAAAUUUCAUUGCUUUCCA